GCGAGCGAAUGCCUUCCUGCCUCCUCUCAGCCCGAACGUAAUCCACCGAUCUAUCUGCACUCCAACACGGGCUUCGGCGCCCCUCCUUUGAUCCCUCCUUCGGCCUCGACCACGAGACGAGUUUUUCGACGGCCAUUCGAGCCUCACCAUGCUGCAGUCAUGGCACCAAUGAAUGGCAGUGCGCCCAAUAGCUCAUACCGCCGUGGUCACCACCGCUCGAUCAGUCACCCGUUCACUUCGCCGUUCACGGGCAUUGGCAGGAAGCGCGAUAAGGUAGCUCCAAAGCAUGACACAUGGGACUCUGACUCCGACUCGGAUGAAGUCACAUACCCGGCCGAGCCAAUUUCCGCAAGUCCCCGGAAAGAUUCAACGAAAGGGGGUCCUAGUAAUAAUGGCACUGCGGAGACCAGGUGCGGGACUUGCAACUCAAUUGUACGAUGGCCACAGCAUUUGAAUGUAUUUCGAUGCAGUGAUUGUCUCAUGAUUACAGACCUUGAGACGCAGACGCCCAAAACCAAGCACGGAGGUAAUCCGUUGUCUGAUGACCGAGGCCAUCGGGUGCGAGGGGACCGUCCAUCACAUCCUCACUCGAAUCCACACGAGGCCUUGCCACCAUUUUCCCCGCCAGAGCCAAAGAUCGACAUGCUUAUGUCGGCAAACCGACUCAGUGGUAUGAUCGACGAUUGCCUCUCGAAAUAUUUCGAUGGCCUUAUUGAUGGGCCCCGGAAUAACCUUGGACCUGAAGAGAGCCGAGCAAACAGGUCCCGACUGCCCAGGGCUCAAGAUGAUCCAAUUCUACCAACGAAUGACCCUCGCAGUAGCCACCUAUCGCCACCACGAGAUCCUCGUAGUCGCAGCACGUCGACAUCAGAUGAGCAGGGAAGGUUGUACGGUACAAAGGAAAACAGCGCGCGGUUCACCCCUAAUGCAGCACAGCCGAAGGAAAAGCCUUUGCCAGAGCUGCCGAUUAUGACUCGUGCCGGUUCAGACUUGCGAUCCCCUGCUUCCAAUGAUCGACGUCCCUCCGAGACAUUCAAGCCUGCAGAAUCGGAGACCAAGGACCAGGAUCACAAGUCGUUUAUCUUCAAGCGCUUGGAGAAUUACAUUAUCGCCACCUUCAAAGGCAGCGGUAUUCUCAACAAUUCAUUUCCCACCUAUCAGCCAUCAGUUCGAUCGGCAAGCAGUGGCAAUCCCCCGCGAAUGAAAAUGGACUCAGGAGCAGCAGUUGACUCGAUGUUCAAUGUGCCUGUCUUCGAACCUGACGCCAAAACACUUCUUCUGGGUGACUUAGCUGAGAACUCCGCUUGGUGGAUGAAUGAAUGGGCACAAGCUGAGGGGCAAGUUCACUCCAAUAUCAAAGAAAGGUCAUCGUACAGAUCUCGCUUGGUAUCAUCCAGAAGCCCUCGCAUCAACUGGGUGGAAGUGAGCCGGUGGUAUCAGCUUGUUCUUACAGCAGGUAGUUCGUGGACUGAGCAAUGGGCCAAAAAGAAACCCGACCCAAAUCGUUCGGAGGCCGAUCUGAUCAGGAGUAGGAGAUGGGAGGCAGCUGAUCCUGCAGAAAUUGACCAAGAGGUUAUGGAUUCUAGGGUUCAUCUUCAGCGGACGCUAAUGAAGGCCAUCGAAAAUCUUCUGAAGCGCCCAAGAUGUGUUUUGAAGAAACCUGAGGACACCAGAUUUCUGUUCGUUCUGCUGGAAAACCCCCUUUUGUCAUCCCCUGGCGCAUAUUCCCCUCAUGCAUUCUCGCGUGUCGAUCGUCGUCCGUCCAACCCCCAUAGUGCCAGUCCAGGCACCAGAGACGGCACGUCAGCCCGGAAAGACCAUGGCAUCGCUGCGACAGGCGCCAGCAGCUCAAACCACCACUACGGAAUUCUCAAGAGGAUCCUUGGUUUGCUUUCAAACUUGCCGAAUGAAGCCCACCAUAUUUUCAUAUCUUGGUUGACUCGAUUAUCUCCUGGUCAGUUCGAAAGGCUUGUUGAGUUGAUUGGCGGCUUUGUCAACUAUCGGUUAUCCCGCCAGCAUGGCCGCAAGCGCACUCAGGUUACCAAGGAUGGUGAUGAACUCGUUCCGAGCUUUGCCAGUGCUGCGGGUAAUACCCCUGCUGAGCUGCAUGCUGCCAUCAAUCGACGAAGCCCUCAAAAAAAGCCGGCGAAAAAGAAAGAGACUCCGAUCAUCUACGCAGAAGAUUGGCAGAUUCGAGCAGCAGCAAGGGUCAUGUCUCUACUGUUCGCUGCAAACCACACUGAUCACUCGCGCAGACCUGACGGUCUGGAGUCGGGGGCCCGUCGCCAUGCCGAAUCUAGUGCGAAUAACCAUGCACGCCAGAAGGGUUACAUGGUGCCUAUCAGCUCAUUCUAUAACACACUUCUGGACUACUCGGACCUUAUUGGUGACUUUGAAACCUGGGAGUCGCGAAGCUCCAAAUUUUCCUUUUGCAAGUAUCCGUUUUUCCUCAGCAUCUGGGCCAAGAUUCGCAUCAUGGAACAUGAUGCUCGCCGUCAGAUGGAGGUUAAGGCCCGAGAAGCAUUUUUUAACAGCAUUUUGAACCAUCAGGCAGUUCGUCGGGAAUGUCUUGUUGAGGAUAGCCUUCGCGGAGUGAGUGAAGUGGUAGGCUCUGGACAAGAAGAAAUCAAAAAGGGCCUCCGGAUUGAAUUUUUAGGAGAGGAGGGAAUCGAUGCCGGUGGCCUGCGCAAGGAAUGGUUUCUUUUACUCGUUCGAGAGGUCUUUGACCCGCAUCAUGGGCUUUUUAUCUACGACGAGGACUCACAAUACUGCUACUUCAACCCUUACUGCUUUGAGUCUUCUGAGCAGUUCUUCCUGGUUGGAGUCUUACUGGGGCUUGCAAUUUACAAUUCGACUAUCCUUGAUAUCGACUUGCCGCCAUUCGCGUUUAGAAAGUUGCUGUCAACAGCACCCCAGAGCCACACACCACAGACAGCGAUCUCCCACCGGUCGAGGUUCCGAUGCAGCCUGGAAGAUCUUGCCGAAUAUCGUCCCGUACUUGCCAAAGGACUUCGCGCCUUGUUGGAUUUUGAGGGUGACGUUGCCGAAACAUUCUGCUACGACUUCGUUGCCCAAGUGGACCGCUACGGAGAGGUUGUGAACAUCCCGCUGUGCCCAGGAGGCGAGAAGCGAGCUGUGACAAACGAGAACCGUGGAGAGUUUGUUGAAUUGUAUGUUCAUCAUCUUCUUGAGUCGUCGGUGGCUCGGCAGUUUGAACCGUUCAAGCGUGGUUUCUUCACCGUCUGUGGAGGUAACGCUUUAUCUCUCUUCCGACCAGAAGAAAUUGAUCUUCUUGUUCGUGGCUCAGACGAACCGCUCGAUGUGUCGUCGCUAAGAGCAGUGGCUACCUAUGACAAUUGGCAGUCUCAUCGUCCCGAGUCACUUCCCGCCGUGCAAUGGUUCUGGGAAUUCUUUGAAUCCGCUCCACCCCAGGCGCAGCGAAAGGUCUUGUCGUUCAUCACCGGCAGUGAUCGAAUCCCCGCCAUGGGUGCUACAAGUCUGUCGAUUCGGUUGGCCUGCAUGGGGGAUGAUUGCUCCCGAUAUCCAAUCGCCCGAACCUGCUUCAACACACUGGGUCUGUAUCGCUACACCAACCGGGAGAAGUUCCGACGGCUUCUCUGGGAUGCAGUGGUUAACAGCGAAGGGUUCGGCUUGAAAUGA